AUGUUGAAUCCGCCCAGAAUAAGGCUGAUGGGUUGCAAAAUCGCACCAUCUUCUUUCAGACCACAUGUUCUUGCAAGAGAUCAUUUAUGCCAUUGGACGGCACCAAUCUCGAAUACUUUUCACUCAGAACUCGUCAGAGAUUUCACUCUCGGCGAUAUCAUGCAGCUUUUCAACAUCUUGUUAGUUUCUGUCGAACCGAUAACACGAGAAAACUAUGGUGCUGGUUUACUUCGCUUUCAUCAGUUCUGCAACUCUCAGAGUAUCCCAGAGUCAUGCCGCAUGCCAGCAUCAGACAAUCUUCUUGCUCUCUUCAUUGCUUCUUGGGCUGGCCAAUUGCAACAACAACGGUUGAGAAUUGGCUCUCUGGCCUGCACUUGUGGCACAAUAUGCAUAGUGCACCAUGGUAUGGUCAUGCCUUACUACACAUGUCCACAGCUGGGGGUGAAGAAACUAGUCCCAGAGUCGUCAAAAUGCCCUCAUAGACCACCAGUCACACUCGAACACAUGCACGUGCUUUACCAUCAUCUUGAUCUAUCAAACGCAUUUGAUGCCUCCAUCUUCGCAGUCGCUUCUGUCGCCUUUUGGUCUUGUUGUAGACUCGGAGAACUAAUCAUGAGCUCCAUUAAUUCCUUUGACCCCUCCCGCCAUGUUGCCCGUUCCGCCAAUAUAACCCACAGGUCUCCCGCCAACAGCAUAUCUUGGUCAGCAUUCCCCAUUCCCUGGUCAAAAACACCACUCAGCACCGGUGCCAAAAUCAUCUUGUCUCGAGUCGACAACUUGACGAACCCCAUGUCUGCUCUCAACCACCACAUAUCAGCCAAUGCAAUCAUACCCCCCCAAGCUCCUUCAUUUGCCUUUGAGACCGCUAGUGGUGGGUGGGCACCCAUGACUCGUCCAUGGUUCCUUGCACGCUGCAACCAAGUUUGGAAGGGAGCUGGAUUGUUAGAGCUAACAGGCCAUUGUUUUAGAAUUGGAGGUGCAAUGGAACUCCUCCUCAGAGGAGUUCCUCCUGACGUUGUGGCCAUCCAAGGCUGUUGGAAAUCUCGGGCAUUCUUAGAAUAUUGGUGUAAUAUUGACUCUAUACUCCCUCUCUUCCUUUUGCACACCUGA